UUAAUCAGAGCAAGUAAUAAAUUCGGUCACUCCUAAGCACGUCCCACGGACUGUAGAUAUUUAGCAGCAUAUUUUGCAUUUGCCUAUUUUUCGAGAUGUAUUUUAUUCCGAUAAAAAAACUGUAGACGUGACAGAAAUGUCUUUCCGCUAUUACACUGUGUGCAUUGCUCUCUUCCAAAUUAUUCUUAACACAAUCAAGUUGAGCUUAGGGAUCGUGUUGGAAACACGUCUGGAUCCACAGGCUAAAAAACUGUCGGCAACAUUUAUCCUGUCCACGAUGGAUCUCGGAAUUUGUGUGAUUUAUAUUACGUCUGGAAUAAUAUUGCUCCUCGGCGCAGUCAAGAAAAAUAGGAUGCUCUGCAUAAUUUGGUUGGGGGCACACGGGAUCCUUUUUGCGAUGGGGGUCAUCGUCAAAAUAGCAUAUCUUACAACCGGACCAAGAAAUGUGACCAUAUUGUCAAUAUUUGGGAUUGCAACAUUUUUCUACUUUUUGGUCGUCGUGGUCUCGUACAUUGAAGAAUUACCGGUACGGGGAGCACAAGCUGGACGAAAAAUAUCAACGUAGGAUCCACCACAUGAAGACGUACUGGAUACUUAAUGUUUUCUAAAAUAUGUUUCUAGCAGUACGAGAAAGUUGUUUCAUUUCCUUAUGUUUGCAUUUUUACUUAAUCCUUUGAUUCGUGAAGAGAAUUAUCCUUUUAUAAGAAAUGGUAAAUGUCAAAGGAAGACUAAAGUGAUUUUUAAGGA